ACUAAGAUACAAUAGAAGCCCAAUGAAAAACAGCUUUUAGUUACCCUUGUUUUGGUGUUCAAACAAAAAAACAAAACAAAAGUUCACCUAGUUUAUAUCCUUUCUCCUAUAUACUUUCUGCCUGGAGAGAUAUUAGGUCAGAAAUCACUACUAGAAGAAGAUGGUGAUGAUAACCGACCUUCCAUUUGAUCAGGAAAAGAAGAUACUCGCCCGUGUUCCGAAAGAGUCUCGACCACAAUGGCAAACUACUUGCAAGAGAUGGUACGCUGUACGCCAAGAUCUACUCUCCAAGAAACACUUGGCUCGAACAGGAAGAGAGUUCAUCUUAUUGUUGAAUACUAAUGUUUUUUCAACAACCAUCAACCUCCAGGGAGUCCAUAACAACGUUGAUCCGGUGAUGGAGUUCGGAGGUAAACUUGGAUCUUUACAAGAUUCAAAUGAUUUACAAAUACAUGAUAUUUUCUACUGCAAGGGGUUAGUGCUAUGCACUAUGGUGGGAAAACAAAUGCUCGUGGUUUGCAACCCUAGUAACCGUGAAACUAGGUAUGUCGAACCUAGAACAAGACAUGGCUGUUUCGAAUAUGCUCUUGGAUACAAAGGCAGCAAGUCUUCUUGUGUUAAUAGCUACAAGAUCUUGAGGUAUUGUCGUUAUUUCGACAAGCAACUGAUGCGUACGGUUUCUGAGUUUGAACUGUAUGACUUCAUGUCUGACUCAUGGAGGGUUUUAGAUGUUGAUGAGCACGAUUGGGAAAUAUCUGCUCGUGGCGUCUCUGUGAAAGGAAACACUUACUGGGUUGCUAAAAAGAAGGACGACCAGUUCAUACUCAGUUUUGAUUUCACUAGAGAGAGAUUUGGGCUUCUCCCUCUUCCGUAUGAGAGUGUUGGUACUGAAGAUUCCAUUAAUUAUAAGUAUGACGAUACAGCUGUUCUGUCAGUUGUUAGAGACGAACAACUCUCGGUGUUACAUCAAUAUCUUCAUGUGUAUUCAUCAGAGAUGAAGAUAUGGGUAAGCAAUACAAUUGACACCAAAAAGGUGUCGUGGAGCGAGUUCUUGGUAGUGGACGUAGUGUUGUUAAAUGUUGUUAGUUUCGUGGUUGACGAGGAGCAUAAAGUGGCAGUGUGUUGUAGUACAGGCAAGGAUGAUCCUGAUGAUGAGGAUGAUCCUGAUGAUGAGGAUGAUCCUGAUAAUGAGGAUGAUCCUGAUCAUGAGGAUGAUCCUGAUGAUGAUGGUGAAGAAGAGUGCACCAGCAUUUCAAUUAUUGGAAAGAAUAUACAAAGUCUUGUUUAUGAUGAAGGGGCUAUAGAUGGAUCAUGGCCUCAUCUCAUGAAUUACGUUCCAAACCCGGUUCAAAUUUUAAGGAAGGGUACGCGCAAAAGCAAAAGGAAACGAACUACAAGAAGUUAUGAACCGGAGGGCAGUUCGGCAAGAAGCGUUGAGGAAACGAAAGUGACACCAAUAGACAAAGCUAAACGAGUUUUUAGGGUUGUUUUGAAUGUCCCAAAAGAGUUUAGGAAACGAGAGUGAACCCAUACCUAAAGCAUAUCGAAGUACUCCUGCUGUUGCUUUGAAUAUCCCAAAUAUUUCUAUCUUUUCUUCUCUUUUUUUUUGGACAAUCCUAAAGGUAGUAAUAAAUUGAACGCAUAUUGAAGUUUAUUAUCUUAUUUUGACUCUUAAAAUCAGAGUGAAUGCAAUGGCUUUGUAUUUCAUUGAGGAUCUGUAUUGAUUGUAUUUAUCGGUGAUUACUAUCAGUAUCGAAUAUACAUCAGAUAAAUGCGAAUGAAACACACACUAACUGUAGUUGAACCUUCUUCAAGGACCAAGGGAAGAUUUUUUUCUAGUUGAGACAAUAGAAUUGCUUAGUAAAACGCUCCAUCAACACCACAACUUUGUGGCUUAACUGUAAAGCUUCGACAAGUAAUGGUCUUUGCGGUUGUUUACGGUAUUAACACGAACUCAAAACUUCAUUCUAGUCUCGUAUAUACGUACUUUAAUGGACUACUCUAGAAAUAUUCUUGACAAUUAACCAUUAUGCACUCAACACUUAUUUGUUUGUCCAUACGUAUGGCUUUUAUAUCCAAGAAAAUGGCCUUUCUUGCGUUACAAGAAACAUGUUUUCGAUUUUAUCUCCUCGUUUUGAUUCUAUAUAUUUAAUGGAAUAAACUGUUAAAUGUCAUUGACUCUGGUGUUAUAACCUAAAAGCCAUGCAUACACUCAUAGUCAAAUUGCAAUGUCUUAUAUUAGAACUUGUGGUCAGAUAACUUAUCUCAACAUUAUUUCUAAAAACAGCAAACUUUUUCUCUAUCAUUCCUUAGAACUUGUGGUUUAACUAAGAAUCAGAUACAACAACAAUCCUGUCCAAGAAAUUGUAUUAAUAGUUCUAGUGGAAGCAAUCAAUCGCAAGCGUC